ACCAAGGAAGCUUGCACCGAUAUGCUGCGCUCUUCGGUGCGACAAAUGCGCUAUCGGCUGAAGAAAAAGUACUUCAAUGGUGUGCCUGCAAAUGAGGUUCGGACAUCUUCUCUAGUUUCAUGCAUGUCUGAUGAUGAGUGGAAUGCACUGACUGCAAAGUGGAAAAAUCCAAAGAACAUGGAAACAAGUGAAAAGAACAAGACUAAUCGUAGUAAAGUCAAGUAUCAUCAGACUACCGGCUCUCGCAGCUAUGUGGCACACUUGCAUGCAUAUAAGAAGCAAAGUAACAAUGCAGAACCAAGCACUCACCAAAAUGAAGAACUUGAUGUGGUGGAGGCCUUCAAGACCUGCCAUACCAGCUCCAAAAAAGGUCUUGAUGAAUCAGCAAGAGAGGCACUUUCCAACAUGGAAGCUUUGAGGGCAGCCCCUGUUGAUGAAGGUGAGACAGCAGCUUCUAGUGUGCAGGUUGUGUCCCAGGCCCUCCCCAAGAACAGCUCGAACAGUUUCCUCAAGAAUAUUGGCAUCAAACCAACGGCAUCGUCUAAGCCUGCAGCAUUGAAUGAAAGCGACCUUCGGGAGCAACUAGCAGCUGAAGCUAGAGCUGCUGUACAGGGUGAACUCGAUGCUCUCAAGAAGAAAAGUGAAGAAGCUGAUGAAAAGCUCGAGAGGCAACAAAAGGAGAUGGAGGAGAUGAGGAAGCAGACAGAGAUAAACCAGAAGGAAAUGCAGGAGAACAAUAUGCUGCUCAGGCGUCUGUUGUCCCUCAACAAUGCUUCGACAUGAACCGUUGCUGAUGUUGUGUGCUACCAAGGAGUAUGUGUUGCUGAUGCUGGUGCUUGGCAAGGGGUCAAAGUUGUUGGCUGAUUUUGCUUAGGCUAAAACCUAUGAUGUUGAUGCUUGGCAUCUUUAUAUUAUUAGUUGUGUUGUUGAUGUGAACUGAGAUCAAAGUAGAACCUGGAAUGUGAUGUCAAUAGUAAUACAUGAAUUGAGUUUAGUAGUGUUGAGUCA